UUCCUUUUCCUUUCAUCCAUUUAAAAAGAACAUUUUUCUUUUUUGGGUUUUAAAGGUUUGAACUUUUUUUUAUUAUUUUUUGCAUUUUGUUUUCAAGUAGUUCCCUUCACUCUCCAACUCUCUCCAUUUUCUCUCCUCUUUGUAUACACUAAAAAUAGCACCAAAAUAAAUACUAUUAUAAUAAUCAUAUAGAAAAUAUAUAGUGGUAUUAUACAAAAGGGAAUUUGGAAAGGAGAGAGCGCUUUAUUUUUGAAGGGGAAAAGUGGGGAAGAAGAAGAAGAAGAAAGAGAGAGAGAGAGAGAGAGAGAGAGAGAGAGAGAGAGGAAAAUCGAUUUGUUUGAGAAGAUGAGCGGUGGGGGGUUUAGGGUUUCAUCAAUCCCAAACAGUGUGAGGAAAACGAUCCAAAACAUAAAAGAGAUCACGGGUAAUCAUAGUGAAGAUGAGAUUUAUGCAAUGCUUAAAGAAUGUUCUAUGGAUCCCAAUGAAACCGCUCAGAGGCUCCUCCUUCAGGAUCCUUUUCGUGAAGUCAAAAGAAAGCGUGACAGGAAAAAGGAGGUUUUGAACAACAAAGAGUCUGCAGAGUCUCGGUGGAGACCUGGUUCACAGGGAAGGGGAAGUAGGGGUGGCUGGGGGAAUUUUCCUCGUUAUGCAGCACAUGAGGCUGGUGGUUCUAAGAGUUCUGGUCCUGGUAGAGACAAUGGAAUGAAUCAAGUUGCAGAGAAAGGCAGUGGUCAGUCCUUGUCUUCCUUGCAGGAGUCAAAAACAAAAGAAUCUACCCUUGUUGCCAGCCCUGUACCUGCCAUGGCCAAUGGUCCUAGCGGUGUUGUGGCUGAAACCUUUUCUGCUCCUCCAAGAAAAGCUGCCAAUCAACCUCAAGAAAAUUCAUCUGUUGGUAGCAGUGAGUUUGAGAGUGCACCUUCCCCUGUUAACACAAUAAGCAAACCCCGUAUUGCAUUUGGAAGUGGGGACAUGAGUGGCGAACCUGCAGCAAGCUCUAGUGACUGCUCCAUGUCUACUGCCCCUGCCCCUGCCCCUGCAUCUUCAUCAGCAAUCUGCUUCUCAUCUUCAGACCCUGUACUAGUUCCAUCCACUGAUUCUCUGCUCCUCAACCCUUUGGACACAAUCAAACUUGAAAGCAACCGAGCUUCUACAGAACCAAAUGCAGUUAUUCCUACUGAAAACAAAUUAGCUUCUGAAGCCGCUGAGAUUAAUAGCUCUUUCCUGCAAGGAAAGAUGCCAAACAAAUCCUCUGGAGUAGUGAAAAAUCCGCCAGGUGAGUCUGCUCAUCCUUCAUCUACAGUGACCCAUGGUUCCUCGGCAAGUCGGCCUUCAUCCAAUUAUAGCAGCCGCUCACAACAAAUAAUUGGUCCUCAGAAAGUGGGUUCUAACAAGGAGUGGAAACCUAAGCCAGUCAGCUGUAAUGUUGGGCUAGGUUCUGGAGUAGCUACUGCAUCUGAAGUUCCUACUGUUUCACUUGAAAUCAAUGCUCGGUCGCUGCCUGUUUCAAGUGUUCUUGACUCAGAAGUAGCAACUUCAAAAUUGCAGAUGAAGUUGGAGGAAUUACAUCUCCCACAACGUCAACAUGUAAUAAUUCCCAACCAUAUCCAUGUCCCGGAAUCUGAAAGAACCAAGCUGAGUUUUGGAAGUUUUGAUGCUAGUUUUGGAGUAGCAUUGAACUAUGUUGGCGGUCAGGAGAGUGAUAAGAGUUCUACACCUUUGUCUGAGGCUUCUCAAGAUGCUGAUGAAACUGCAGAGGAACACGGUUCAAGUAAUCAAAAUGCAUUGGCAACUGCUGAGGAAGGAGAUUACGCCGAUCGUCCACAAUCACCUGCUCAUGCACCUGAAAAUUUGUCUGGUGAUAUCGCUAGUUCCAUUCCAGAGUCUGAUGAAAACAAACAGGAGAAUACAUUGCUCUCUGGAGGCAACCAGCACUCUGCUGUAACAUCUCCUAAUUACAGUUUUGGAGUUAUACCGCCUAUGUUAGCUUCAUUUGGAAAUGCCGAAUCUCAAGCACGUGAAGUUUCUCGCCUUUCAAGUUUUGUCGUUCCUCAGCCAUUUGACCCAGCAACUUAUUAUGCCCAAUUCUACCGUUCAUGUGUUGACAAUGAUGGUCGCGUUUCUCCCUUUGCUUCUUCUGGAGUUGCUGCAAAGUACAAUGGGAACGUUUCAGUUCUUCCUCCACAGACUUCUCAGUCUCAAGAGGGUGGAAACUCAUUGGUACUGACCACAACAAGCUCAUCUCCUGUAGUGACUCAAGCUGCUGGGAUGAUGCAAAGUUCUUUGGCUGUGACUCAGCAACCAGUCCCUGUCUACCGCUCAGCAGCUGGGGUGCAUUUACCACAUUAUCCUCCAAACUACAUUCAAUAUGCCCCCUUUUACUCUCCUUUUUAUGUUCCUUCUCCUGCGAUCCACCAAUUUAUAAACAAUGGGGUGUUUCCUCAACAACCUCAAGCUGGUACUGUUUAUCCUUCUGUACCAGCGGCACCUACUACAGGAGUUAAAUAUUCUCUUCCUCAAUUUAAACCUGGAAGUAAUACACCAAGUUCUAUUCAUAUUGGAAUGCCAAGUGGUUAUGGACCAUAUGGCUCCUCCCCAGCUGGUUAUAAUCCAAGUUCUGCUGUGGCAACUGGGAACUCAACCACGAAUGAGGAUCUCGGUGGUGCUCAGUUCAAGGAAAGCAAUGUCUACGUCACUGGGCAGCAGAGUGAAGGUUCGGCUGUAUGGAUUGCUCCCCCCGGGCGAGACAUAUCCAGCCUACCAGCCAGUUCAUUCUAUAACCUUGCCCCUCAAGGUCAGAAUGUAACUUUUGCUCCAACGCAGGUUGUUCCUGGCUCCUUUGCUGGUAUAUAUCAUCCACAAGCAGCAACAGCGGCAGCCGUUCAUCCUCUUCUACAACAAGCUCAAACUAUGGCCGGAGCUGUUAACAUGGGGGGAUCUGCUGCUGGUGUUUAUCGGCAGCCUCAACAUGCACAGAUGAACUGGCCCAGUAACUAUUGAAAAAAAAAAAAAGGAACAAAACAUCUCUUUUUUUGUAAAACCAACCAACCAAGACAUUCAAUGUCCAAUCUUGGGGUAUUUUUGGGAAACUCCAAUAGGUUUGAAUGGAGGACAUCAAGAAGAUACAUCAUUGGCCAGAGUUAACUGAGUGUAAAUCGUUCGAGGUCAUCAGAAAAACCAAAAACUUGUCAGUAGUAGUAUCUUCUGUUUUGCUAGGUGUUGAUGAGAAGCAUAAAUGAUCCAGUUUUCUUGUACCUGUUAUUGACCAUUAAAUGUUAGUGAAGAUAAGGAUGUGCAGGUCUCUCUUGCAAUAUGGUCCUUUACCAUUUUUCUUUUUCCUUACCCUGAAGCUUAUGCACCUCCCCCGUACCCCCAUUUUUUAUGUUUUCAAGUUUUUGAACAAGAAUUUUAUUGAGUGGUGAGAAUCUGUUUCAUUCCCUUUUUUCCCUUUUAUUUUGAGGUUUAGGGUUUUUUGGAAAGGUAAGUUUUAAGGGUUGAUGAACAAUUAUUAAUAGUUUUUUUUUUCUUUUUAAUUGUAAAGAGAAUUUCCAUAUUAAGGAUGUAAGGAACUGUUGUAUUUGGUAUAAAGCACAUGCCGACAUUUUUCCAA